AUGGGUCACAGUAGUUGUCAGGAAGGAAGCCACACCAAACUGCACGCACUGGACGGCGUUUUGACAAAACCAUGUGCUUUGUCAGAUUUGAAAUAUAUCGAGAACUUCAAAAAUCCUUACGUAAAAGUCAUGUUGGUGUGUACUGUGUGUAACAAAGAACAAUCGUUGAAAUAUCAAUCCACCUGGAAACGCCAUUUUUUAACUCAUGCUUCUGAUGAAAAUAAACCGUUCAAAUGUGAUGCUUGUGGUAAAGCGUUUGUGCAGAAGAAUGCAUUUAACUUACAUUUGAAGAAACAUGCCCAACAAGGAACAAAAAUGGAUUAUAGUGUGGCAUUGGAUUGCAAGCAGGUUAGCACGUCAGAUUUGAAAUAUUUGGAGAAUUUUAAUAACCCCUAUGUAAAGCUAAUCGUAGCCUGCAGAAUUUGCAAUAAAGAACAAUCUUUUAAGUACCAAGCCACGUGGAAAAGACACUUUCUUACUCAUGGGGAUGACAAACCGUACAAGUGUUCUGUUUGUCCCAAAUCCUUUAUUCAAGCUUUUCAACUAAGAAAUCAUUACAAAAAUAAACAUGGCAUAGCAGUGGACGAAAACAACAUCACAGUUCGACGAAAAAAAAUUAGCGCAGAUAGCAAACAAACUCAUGGCGAUUUAAAGUUUUUAGAGGGCUUCAACAGUCCAUACGUAAAGAUUUGUUUACUCUGCAAAAUAUGUAACAAGGAGCAGUCUUCGAAGUACCAGUCGGCCUGGAAACGUCACUUCUUGACUCAUUCAUCAGAGGAGGAAAGGCCUCACAAGUGCAGUCUAUGUCACAAAUCGUUUGUCCAAGCUGGAAACCUAAAAAAACAUAUUCUAGCUGUGCAUAGUUGUAAGGUGGAAACUGAAGGAUAUAAGUUUGAUGUCAUUGCGGAAUAG